AUGGGGCCCCCGGGCAAUAGGGGAUCAUGGGGCCCCUGUGUCCUUGCCCAAACUCAAAAAAGCCUAUGAAAAAGGUACCAGGGGCAUCUCAUGAGGUCCCCUACUGACCCCGGGCCCUCGGGCAGAACAUUCCCAAGCUUUUAUAGCCACAUGAUGUCAUGAGCUGUGAGAUGCUAACUGCAGGGGCGGACUGACAACUCAUGGGGCCACCGGGCAAUAGGAGAUCAUGGGGCCCCUGUGUCCUUGUCCAAACUCAAAAAGCCUAUGAAAAAGGUACCAGGGGCAUCUCAUGGGGCCCCCUACUGACCCCGAGCUUUCGGGCAGUGCCCGAGUUUCCAAAUGGUCAGUCUGCCCUUGGC